GGGAUUUGCUUUUUCCCAUGCGGUGAUCUUUUAUUCCCGCAGCCAUUCUUUUAUAAGCGUUUGAUUAUUUAGCAGUUUGCGAGAAUAGCACACAUUCAUUAUGAAGUUAAGCAGCGAGAUUCUCGGUGGCCUGGCCAUGGCCGGGUGCGCCAUUGCGGGCACCACACCGCUGCGAAAUGUUGUCUACUUUGACGAAUAUCACAAGACUAUCUUGCCCAACAAGAACGUAACUGCGGGCAUAACCCAUGUUGUCAUGGCCUUCGCGAACUCGUCUCUUUUCACUGCCGAGGUGGCCGGCACUUUCGAGCCUUGGAUGUCCGUGGACCAGAUUCGAGCCAUGUUCGACCGGGGCGCACAAGUCGGUAUUGCGAUUGGUGGUUGGGGUGAUACCGCCGGUUUCUCUGCGGGCGCCAAGACGGAUGCAAGCCGCAAGACCUACGCACAGAACGUAGCGAAGAUGGUAGAGGAGAACAAUUUCGACUUUGUAGACGUGGAUUGGGAGUAUCCGGGUGGAGAUGGCGAAGACUACAAGCAGAUUCCCAACUCAAACAAGACGACCGAAAUCACGACCUUCCCCUUAUUCCUCCGCGAGAUCAAGACAGCCAUUACCCCCAAACAACUCUCCAUUGCCUCCCCCGCACGCCAACCCGACAUGAUCGCCUACACCGGCUACCAAGCCCCCGAAAUAUUUGCCGCCGUCGACAUGGUCAACCUAAUGACCUACGACAUCAUGAACCGCCGCGACAACAAGACCCUACACCACUCUUCCGUCAAGGGCUCUCUUGAAGUUGUUCAGCGAUACCUAGACCUAGGUCUCGCGCCCGAAAAGCUUAACCUCGGCCUUGCCUACUACGCCAAAUACUUCGAGACCCCCGCCAACAGCACCUGCGACCACCCCAUCGGCUGCCCCAUCGUCAAGGCCGAAAACGACGACGGUACUGAUGCCGGUACCUCCGGAACUGUGACGUACGAGUACGCAAACGUACACCCAGCCUCCCCGCCUAACAACCUCACCGCGACUACCGACGGUACCUGCGGCGCCGGCACAUUCCUAACCUGCUCCGGCUACGCCGACGGCGGAUGCUGUUCCACCGCCGGUUACUGCGGUGACACAUCCGCGCACUGCGGUCUAGGCUGCCAAUCUGGAUACGGCAAAUGCACCGGUCCAAGUCUAACUUCAGCCUACGCCAAGGCCAUCGCUAACGGCAAGCUCGACGAGGCAGAAGGCGGUAUGUGGUACUGGGAUUCCGAGGCGAACCUCUUCUGGACUUGGGACUCGGCCGAUUUGAUGCAGCGCAAGUUCCGCGAGAUCAUUGCACCGCUUGGAUUGGGUGGUGUUAUGGCUUGGAGUCUUGGGGAGGAUAGUGCCGAUUGGUCUCAUGUUGAGACUGUUAACAAGAAUGUCAAGGAGAUGAGUGCAGUCGUGAAUGUGCAGGGACAGAAGAGCCAUGCGCGUGCUGAGAGGAAGUUGAGAGGCAGAGUUACUAGACCGCAUGGUCGUCUGUUUGCGUAAGAUGACUGAUAUAUGAGUGGAAAUUCGAAAGUUGGUAGAACGCAACGGCCAGCGUGCUGACCUGCAUUCGCUUCUCGAUGUAUAUUGUUUUGGCUAGGUAGCUCAUAAAAAUAAAACCUGGCUCGGCUUAGAGAUUAAGUAUUGAUAUUUGUGUGAUGUGCGAUUCUAACAUUUAUAGUGAUGUCGUUAACCCGACAUCAACGGGUUCCGGGCCUUC